AUGAACGCGCCUCUUACCUUGCAUCAUCAUGGUGCGGGGCCAAGCUCGCAUUCGGCGCAUCGACCGCUGAUCACACAGCAGAGGUUGGUCGGCGCAUCGUCAUCGAUUCCAGCCGAGUUCAUCCACAACGAGUUCAGCUUUGAGCAGUACAUCAAGGACAACCUCAACGUCAAACUAGAUAACGAUGCACAGCUCUGCCCAGACUACUCAGAAAGGCUGCAGUGCCCGCGCGGUGCUUCGUGUCCAAGGCGGCAUGUCAAACCGAGCCAUCUCAACUUUCUCCCCCCGGGCUCGACGGCACUACGCGAUCCCAACAAGCGCACCGUCUGCAAGCAUUGGCUUCGUGGGCUGUGCAAGAAGGGCGAUCAAUGCGACUAUCUACACGAAUACGACAUGCGGAAAAUACCAGAAUGCCGCUUCUAUGCGACCUUUGGUUUCUGCAAUAGCGGCGACGAUUGCCUCUACCUUCACGUGGACGCUGCGAUCAAGAGGAGGGAAUGCGAGAGAUACAAUCGAGGCUUCUGUCCAAAGGGCCCUCUCUGUCCGAAGAAGCACGUUCGAAGGGUUGCAUGUCCCCUCUAUCUGGCUGGAUUCUGUCCCGAAGGACUCGAAUGUACCCGCGGACACGUCAAAAGCACCCCUCCAUCGAGCGCAUCACGGUCCACUUCUCCGAUCUUGACACAUCGACCUUUGACAGCAGCAGAAGCAUUUGGGAUGGGUGGAGGUCGAGGCGACGAGUAUGGCGAUGGCGCAGGAAUGCGCGGUGGACGUGCACCGCCAGGGAGAUAUGGCAUGGCAGGCGGAGGCGUGGCCGGAGCAGGAGGAGCACCACCCGGAUCAGCGCAGGCAGGGGGCCAAGGUGGCAUGGGAGGAUACGCAAACACCAUGCAGAGGAGACCCAACAACGCCUUUGGACAGCCGCCAUCACAGGGAGGAGCCCAAGACGGUGGACGUGGUGGCUGGCGAAAGGAUCUUUCGGAAGUGCUCUGCUUCAAAUGCGGAGAGAUGGGUCACUUUGCCAACAUGUGUCCGAAUCCAGCGCUCCCUGGCAAUCGUGGUGGUGUCGAGCGUGGUCCAGGAGGGCAAGCCCGCCAACGCGAUCGACCACGACCGUAUUAA